AUGUCGGCGCCCACCCCCCGCAGCGGUCCGCCCGUCGCCGCUGCCGCUACGGCUACAGACCCCCACACUGCCGCCGCGAGCGUCGACCCCACGCACACCGCACUGGACUUUUACAUGGACCUCCAGUCGCCGCCCGCGCAGUCGCAGUCCAUGCGCCUGCGCCUGCGCCCACGCGCGUCCAGUGCCCACUCGUCGACGCUCUCGCGCGCCACUGCCGAACAACUGCGUCGGCGCGUGGCGCGUGUGCAGCGCCGCCACCGCCGCCCCAAAGAGCGGCGCGUGUUCCAGCGGCGGCUGCAGUUGGCCGUGCGCGUGGCUGUGGGUGUGCUCGUGGCGGGCGUCGUGCAGACCCACGGCACGGACCGCGAGUGGCUCUUCUUGCCGGCGAGUUACUACCUCGGGGGCCUCACGGUCGCGUCCAUGAUGGUCAUCUACGCGGCGGCGUUCACGGUCGGCGGCGUGCUCGAGCAGGUGUGGCAGGUGGACGUGGGCGUGGCCAUGGCGCUGCUGUACAACUUGGCCGUGUUCGCCUGCGUGCCCAUGCACCAGGAGGAGCUCUACACCGUGUCGAAGAACCUCAAUGGCUCGACGUACUACGUGAGUGUGCGCGACUGGGGCGUGACGCUGCCGCUGCUCGCGCUGUUUACGCUCGUGGUGCUGCUGCUGCCGAUUCAACGGAAUGUCAAGAAAUUUGCCGUGGGCACAAACUUGUACUUCACAUUGACACUUGUGAACCCGAUGAAUCCAAUCUUCACGGCUUUGCUCAAAGACAGCACGGACGGCAACAGCUACUAUGGCACAAGGAAACUGCUUGAGCAGUUGGCGAUUUACAGCGCAGUUGGCGUCGCAGGUACCUUCAUAUCACUUGCGACAAUGAUCCUGCCUUUCCCAAUCUUUGCAAUGCAGAAGCUGCGGCGACACAUGGCAGCAUCGCCGCACGAUAUCCGCGAUAUACUGAACUUGAUUGUCGACACGUACUGCUUCCGUGCGAAGGAUAUCAAGAAAAUGGACUUUUUCAAGCUGCGACUUGAUCGGCUACUCGAAAAUGCACACGAGCGUCUCGCGAUAAUGGAGUCGCUACUGAGCGACUGCUGGUGGGAAGAGCUGGUGGGGUUUGGCGUCUGCUUCCACUUCAACAAGACCGUUGCCAAGCAGCUUGUCAGGUUGUAUGCAAAGCUCCUCACCGACUUGCACGUGAUGAAAUUUGCUAUCGAAGCAGAGACUUGCCACUGGACGCAUGUCGUACUGCUUAAGAAACUGCAGACGCGGUUCUACGUGCUACAAGUCGAAGCAAAUGAUCUGCUUGAGGACAUCUCGCUCAAGAUCGUUCACUCGUCACGCAGUAUGUCUUCACCAAAAUUCGCUAGUCUCAAGCAGGCACUCGAACAGCUGAUGGGGAAGUACACGAUGCUGUACGGUAACUUGCUCUCAGCAGAUGUCCAUACAGCAGAUGAUGUGGGAAAGACGAUGCCCCUCAACGUGUUCGUGUACUCGUUUCACGUCUUGGCGAUCUCGUUGCUGGACUUUGAAGGCACGUUCAAUGGAAAGAACUUUUCAACCCAUUACCGCGUCAAGAACUUUCUCAAGCUAGCAGGCCGAAGCUUGCUGCACCCUUUCAACUACCCGCGUCGUCUCAUCAUCUUCGCCUUUCGGACGACGCUCGCCAUCUUGAUCGGAAUUUGCUGCGCGACCUUCAUCUUCGCAUUCAGCUCUACUGCACCGACAGCCAUUGCAAUGGUUGCGGACGAUAACAUUGGCGGGACCUAUGGCAACACGGUCAAUCGCGUCGGAGGGUUGGUAGCUGGCACAGUCGUUCCGUCCGUCUUGAGCUUCUUUGUGUGCAAAGUCGCGGACGACGCCGUGUACAAUACGCUGAACAACAUUGUGCUCUUCGUGUGGACGGUAGGGUCCAUGUAUGUGUAUUUUUGCGGUCGCUACAUGGCGCUCGCAGGAAUGACAUCAGCUUUCAUGGCUGCAUCGGUGCUGCUCGACCACGGGUGCCGAACGACGGCGUCUUCCACGACAGUGUCGUACGCAAGCCUCACUCAAAAUGCGUUGGGCAUUCUCAUUCUCAUGAUCGUGGAAAUCGUGAUAUACCCUCGCAGCUCACACGGACUACUUCGAAGCAACAUCCAGCAGCUAUUGACGCAGUACCGCGAGGUCUUUCACGAUGUGUUUCGCCACCACAUUGCGUACAACCGACCGACGUUAGUUUCCCCGGGACCUCUCACUGAAGAGGACAUUGAUACCGCAAACGCCCUGCUUGGCCGCACUCAGGUGAAAGCGUUGAUAAAGCAGCUAAAAACUGCGAUUCCAGAGCUGCUGAAGACUCAAGCGAAACUCGUAGAUGACUCUGCGAUGGAGCCGAGUUUGUGGAAACCGCCAUUUUCCACGUCAAAGUACACGAAAGUCUUAGCUGUGUGCCGCGACCUUCUCGACAGGAUAGACGUUCUUGUCGACCUCAUCGAAUGGCACGAGAGCCGGCGAAGCAGCGGACAAGACCGGAUCUUGCGACGUCGACACCAAAGCCAGAUCGAUGCCGAAUGCACCGCAGCAUUUACUGCAGCUCAGGAACCUCCCUCUCCGACGUCAGUAGCCGUCGCAGAAAUGGUGAGCAAAGUCACGGAGGACUGUUCGUCUCCAUUGCAGUCGCCGUCGUCACCAGCGCCCAAUGUGACCACCACUUCCCCUGCAGUAGCAAAAAUCAAGUGGGACCAGAGUUUGGCAGUCGUGGGGGCCGGUGUCGAAGAGGCGUUUGAGACUCUCGCGACUUUGUUCGGAGAAGAGUUUGCCGGCUCCAAUGCUGAAGACCACGCAAUCUAUCUGCAGAUGAAAGAAGCCUUUCGGAUUGCUGAUGUGCACCGUCGUGGAGUCGUUGAUGUCUCGGAGCUCGGUAUUUUGCUCGAGAAACUGAUGCCAUACUCGGGUAGCCAGGGAAUCGGAGGAAUGGACCAAUACGUUGACGAAUUCAUGCGGCUAGUGGAUAAGGACAACGACGGCAAAGUUUCGUUCAACGAGUUCAUGCAGGCCCUGAACGACGGCUUUCGACUGGAGCUCGAGAUUUACGAUGAAAAGCCCCAAGUUUCGAUACCAGACGCGGUGAGUGGAUCUGCUGCAUCCCGGCUCACUCGCAUAGGUAGCACUCGCUCGCUCCGUAAGAGUUCGUAUCUGCGCAGCUCGCUUCAUUCGACUCCACUCGACGAAUCCGUCGAGGACCCCUCAACCCCUGGAACGAAAAAACGGCUGACGACUAAGUCACCGCCAGCUCCAAGGGAUUCCCGUCCCCAACAAUCGUCCAACUUUGUCGACCUGACAGCAUUCGAGACAUCAAAGCUCGCAUCGACAACUUUUGACAAAGUUGGACAGACGUUGAAGCUAAGCCGGAGGUAUCGAUUUCGCGGACUGUCUUCAGCCAGUGAAAGCUCUGCACCCGAAGCGCUGCUCAAUGUCGAGGCCUUUACUCUCACGGAAGCCGCCGCAGCGCUGAAACAGAGCUACGGGGAGUGUCUGCUCGGGUACGUGGACGACCACAGCAAACGUGUGACAAUGGAGGACUUUAUUGUCAUGAGCUGCGUGAUCAGCACUUGCGAAAACGUUGCCGAAAACUUGACGCGCUUGAGCACAUUGGCAGCUUCCUGA